AUGGCUGCUCCAUCUCCUCCUCCUUCAUCCCUCAUCCAAUCAAUCACAGUCCCACUCCUCUUCUUCCUCUUCCUACUUCCUCCCCUCCAAUCCAAUCCCGCCACGUCAUCCACCAUCGAACUCCCUCACACCCUCUCCCCCACCACCAUCUCCGUUGUCGACUUCGGCGCCACCGGAGACGGCGUCCACUACGACACCUACGCCAUCCAAUCUGCCAUCGACAGCUGUCCCACCUUCUCCCCCUGCCACGUCACCUUCCCUCCUGGGCGCACCUACCUGACCGCCACGAUCCGCCUCAAAUCCGGCGUCGUUUUGGACAUCCAAGAAGGAGCGACGCUCAUGGGCGGCCCGAGACUCGAGGACUACCCGAAAGAGCAGAGCAAGUGGUACGUGGUGUUGGCGGAGAACGCGAGCGACGUCGGAAUCAGCGGCGGUGGAGUGGUGGACGGUCAGGGCUUGAAGUUCGUGACGCGGUUCGAUGAGAGGAAGAAUGUGAUGGUGAGCUGGAACUGGACCGGCGCUUGCUUGGGCGACGAGUGCCGGCCCAGGCUCGUCGGCUUCAUCAACUGCCGAAAUGUCAACCUCUCCAAUCUCAGGUUGCGUCAGCCGGCUUACUGGUGCUUGCACAUUGUGCAGUGUGAGAACGUACUGAUUCAAGAUGUUUCGAUUUAUGGAGACUUUAACACACCCAAUAAUGAUGGAAUAGAUAUUGAGGAUUCGAAUAACACAGUCAUUACCAGAUGCCAUAUUGAUACUGGAGAUGAUGCUAUCUGUCCAAAGACAUCCACUGGCCCCCUCUAUAACUUAACCGUAACAAAUUCUUGGAUUCGAACAAAGUCUUCUGCAAUCAAACUUGGUAGUGCUAGUUGGUUCGAUUUCAAGGGUCUUGUGUUCGACAACAUCACUAUUGUAGAUUCUCAUAGAGGCCUGGGAUUCCAAAUCCGUGACGGAGGAAAUGUGAGUGACAUUACCUUCUCAAACAUAAACAUCAGCACAAGAUACUAUGACCCGUCCUGGUGGGGCAGAGCAGAGCCUAUCUACGUGACUACUUGUCCGCGAAACUCAAAUUCAAAGGAGGGUUCAAUCUCUAACCUACUCUUCGUCAACAUCACUUCAACUUCUGAGAAUGGUGUAUUCUUAUCAGGCUCUAAAGGGGGGCUUCUUAGUGAUUUGAGAUUCAUUAACUUGAAUCUGACUUACAGAAGAUGGACCAAUGACGCUGGUGGGUUGGUAGACUACAGACCAGGAUGCCAGGGACUGGUUAAUCACAUCACAGCUGGCAUCAUCAUGGAACACAUUGAUGGCUUGGUGAUUGACAACGUUAACAUGAGAUGGUCUGAUGACCCGUUAAGGCAGUGGGAUGAUCCCCUGGAUUUCAGGUCGUCAACUGUAAAUAACAUAUCUCUGCUUAAUUUCCAUUCAAGCUUGUUUGUACAGCCGGUGAAAGAGGGAGAGAGAGGGAGAUUAGGAAGAGCCACAGAAUAA